CAGCGAUGAUGAUGUCCUGAAUAUUUAUAUAAAUAAUUUGAAGGAAAUCGCGAUUCUUUUCUGUUAUGAAACCCGCUCUCUUAGGCAUUUGAUCGAACACUUGGCGUGUGCAAGUCUCCGAGCAUGGCAGAGUUCGCAGAGCUCGAAUCUCAAGAUGGAGUUAGAAUGCCAUGGAACAUCAUCCCCGUCGCAACCACCAAGGACCACCAACCCAUCGACUCCGAGAUCCCAGUUUCCGCCAUCUACACACCUCUCGCCCACUCCACCCCUCUCCUCCCUUACGCUCCCCUCCGUUGCCGCACUUGCCGCUCCGUCUUAAACCCUUACUCCGUCGUCGACUUCUCCGCCUCCACCUGGGGCUGCCCUUUCUGCUUCAAUCGCAACCCCUUCCCGUUAAACUACUCCUCGAUCUCCGACACCAAUCUCCCCCCGGAGCUUUUCCCUCGCUCCACAACCGUCGAGUACCUCUCCUCCUCCUCCUCCUCCUCUCCCCCUCCCGUCUUCCUCUUCGUCGUUGACACUUGCCUCUUCUCCGACGAACUCGAUUUCCUCAGAUCGUCUCUCUCCCAAGCCCUCGAUCUCAUCCCCGACGUCUCCGUCGUCGGACUCAUCGCCUUCGAUUCGUUAGUCCGCGUCUACGAGCUCGGGUUCCCGCACUGCAACAAAUCUUACUUCUUCCAUGGAAACAGAGACUGUUCCAAAGAUCAGCUCCUUGAUCAGCUCUCUUUCUUCGUCAAGAGCCCUAAACCUUCUUCCGGCGUCAUCGCCGGCGUUCGUGACGGUCUCUCCGCAGAAGACAUUGCUCGGUUUCUCCCACCAGCUGCCGAUUGCCAGUUUACUCUCCACUCCGUUCUUGAGGAGCUUGGAAGCAGCCAGUGGCCGGCUGCACCUGAUCACCGCCCCGGGAGGUGCACCGGUGUUGCGCUUCGUAUAGCUGCUUGUCUCUUAGGAGCUUGCUUUCCUGGCUCCGCUGCUAGAAUCAUGGCUUUUGUUGGUGGACCUUCCACUCUAGGCCCUGGAGCUAUUGUUUCCCGGGAGCUUUCGGAACCAAUCCGUUCUCAUAAGGACAUUGAUAAAGAUUCUGCUCCGUGUUAUCAAGAAGCUGUAGAGUUCUAUGAGAAGCUUGCGAAACAACUUGUUCACCAAGGCCAUGUUCUUGAUGUUUUCGCGAGUUCUGUUGAUCAGGUUGGCAUAGCUGAGAUGAAAGUUGCAGUUGAGCAGACAGGUGGGUUUGUGGUGCUUGCUGAAAGUUUUGGCCAUUCGGUGUUUAGGGAUUCUCUCAAGCGGGUGUUUCAGUCAGGUGAAAAUGAUCUAGGCUUGUCCUCAUGUGGUAUAUUUGAAAUUAACUGCUCAAAGGGUGUCAAAGUUCAGGGAAUCAUUGGCCCUUGUGCAUCUCUCGAAAAGAAAGGACCGUUAUGCUCUGACACUGGCAUCGGUCAGGGCCACACAAGCGCGUGGAAGAUGUGUGGCCUUGGUAAAAGUACUUCCGUAUGUUUAGUUUUUGAAAUUGCUAAAAGGGAGACAGCUGAUGUCGUUCUGCAGUCGCAGAUCAACCAGUUCUACUUCCAGUUUUUAACAUAUUAUCAGCACUCAAAUGGUCAAACAAGGCUCCGGGUUACAACUCUUUCAAGAAGAUGGGUCAUGGGAACUGAAAACUUACAGGAGUUGACAAAUGGAUUUGACCAAGAAGCAGCUGCUGUAGUUAUGGCACGACUUAUUUCUUUCAAAAUGGAGACUCAGCCUGAGUUUAAUCCCCAACGGUGGGCGGACAAAGCUUUAGUAAAUCUAUGCUCCCGGUUUGGAGAGUACCAAAAGGGCAAUGCUUCUUCAUUUAACCUACCUUCUCAGUUAUCAAACUUCCCUCAGUUUGUGUUUCACUUGCGCCGAUCUCAGUUUGUCCAGGUCUUUAACAACAGCCCAGACGAGACAGCAUAUUUUCGAAUGAUAUUGAACCGAGAGAACGUUUCGAAUUCAGUCGUUAUGAUUCAACCUUGGCUGGUUUCUUUCACAUUCAAUUCACAGCCAGAACCAAUUCCUCUUGAUGUGGCAUCCAUUGCAGCUGAUAGAAUCCUACUGUUGGAUGCGUACUUCACACUCGUAAUAUUUCACGGUGCUACAAUCGCUCAAUGGAGAAAAGCUGGAUACCAUCAUCAACCUGAGCACCAGGCACUUGUGCAUCUGUUGCAGUCUCCUCGAGACUAUUCAGAUACAAUAAUAAACGAAAGGUUUCCCAUUCCGCGUCUUGUCAUAUGCGAUCAAUAUGGUUCACAGGCUCGUUUUCUACUAGCAAAACUGAAUCCUUCAUCAGAUGGAAAUGGUCCUUUUUCCGGAGGGAGUAAUGUAUUCACAGAUGAUGUUAGCUUGUCUGUGUUUCUUGAUCAUCUUCGAAGACUCAUUGUUCAUUAGAGAGACCCUUUUUUGUCGUACAGAUUGUUUUGUAUGUUCUUCUUAACAGAAUGUAACAUUUGUAUAAACAAAAAUAAUAAAAGUUUUUAAAAGUUGAAGGACCAAAAUUGAAUUUUA